AUGGUGACACCCGAGGAACAGAAAGUCAUCAAUGCCCUCCAGGCCAACUGGAUCUGGACACCAGACUGGGUCGAUUCGUCGCGAGUCAAUACGACAGGGCGAAUUGUCCAUUUCAGCCGUGAGCUCGACCUUCCGGAGCGUCCAACUCGCGCGCAGUUGCAUUUCUCUGCGGAUACCCGAUAUAAACUCUAUGUCAAUGGGACCCGUGUCGCCGUCGGGCCAGCUCGCAGCAGUCCGUGGAUCUGGUAUUAUGACACUCUUGAUAUCGCACCAUAUCUCACCCGUGGACAGAAUGUGAUUCGGUUCGUUGUGGUGCGAUACUUUGCGUCCUCGCGCGGCGCAAUGCCAUUUGAGAGGACGACGCUGCCGGGGUUGACUGUAGUUGGCCGUGUAGAGACGGGCAGUAAUGUUGUGGACAUUGAUUCCCAGGUGGGAUGGCAGGCACAGGUGGAUGAGAGUAUCCAAUUUCCCAUGGGCCUGAUAGAUGACGGAUUUCUACACAUAUACGAACGAGUCACUCCGACGAUCUAUAGCUCAGCAGUGACCCCAAAGAUGUAUGGGAUCAAAACACUGAAUGGCGAUCUCCCACCCUGGCGUUUACGUCCGCGGGGGAUCCCAAUGCCUGACCAGAACCCCAUCGUUGUGAACGUGAUACGCGCCUGCGAGAGUUCUAUCAGUGCGGACGAGUGGGCAUCUUGCUUGUCGGGGAAUGGGCAAUUGACCCUUCAGGGACGCUCUUCGCAUAUGCUUGAAUUGCAGGCCGAAACACACUCAACUGCCUUCCUCCGAUGGGCCUUUCAAAGCAUCACGGGCGCGUCGCAGAUCACAAUGAAAGUGACAUACUCGGAAGGGUACGAGCUGGAGCCCCGUUCCUAUCCAUUCUUUCGCAAGAAGACAGAUCGGCUAGAUGCAAAGGCUGGUCAUAUCCUGGGUCCGUAUGACGCGGCGACCUUGGAUAUCCCGGACACGCAGACCGUGGUCUACGAGCCAUUUUGGUUCCGAACAUUUCGCCUUCUUCGAGUCGAGAUCACGGUGGGAGAGGAGUCGGUCCGUAUUCUGCCUUUGGAAGCGACACAAGUCAAUUAUCCCCUCGCCGUCAAGGCCAGUUGGGCCGAGUCUGGCGAUGAAUACAGCGAACGAAUAUGGGACGUGUCGAUCCGCACCAUGCGAAACUGCAUGUUCGACGGGUACUCGGACUGUCCGUUUUAUGAGCAACUUCAAUAUUCUGGGGACAGUCGCGCCGUCGGCCUGUUUCACUAUCUACUCUCGGGUGACGACCGGUUGAUGCGACAAGCAAUUACAAAUUUUGCAGCUUCAGUCACCUCUGAGGGUCUCACUCAGUCUCGCUUCCCCUCCCACGUCCCUCAGCUUAUUGCUGGCUUUUCGUUGUAUUGGGUCCUGCAGGUCUGCGAUCACCAUCUCUAUUUCGGCGAUACUCGCUUUGCUCGUUCAUUCCUCCCUCGCAUCGACGGCGUUCUCGACUUCUUCGACUCACACAUCGAUCCUUUUGGCCUUGUAAGUGGACUUCCGGAGGAUGUGUGGCAGUAUGUCGACUGGGUCACGACCUGGGGUGCAACGGAGGAUUAUCCCGACAAAGGGGUGCCCACCUCGGGUCGCAAAUCAAACCGACAUACAUACUUCAGCAUGCUAUACGCAUAUGUCCUGCAACAAGCUGCGCGGCUUGUGCGCGACGUUGGCCGACCGGGCUAUGCAGAGGAGUACGAAGCACGGGCGACCGCACUGCAACAAGCCGUUCGAGCUCACUGUUACGACGGACGCUUCUUCACCGAUUCCACGGCCAACAUCGCUGAUGAAUCGUCCUAUUCACAACAUUGCCAGGUUUUUGCGGUUUUGUCUGGGACAGCGCGACCGGAAGAUCGGACCCGCAUUCUAACCGAAUCGUUCGCGGACUCUCGCUUCGCAAAAUGCUCCUACAUGAUGCGAUUUUAUGCCCUGCGUGCGUUGUCUCUAGCUGGCGAUCAGGUCUACGACAAUUUCUGGCCCCAGCUGUGGGACCCGUGGCGGAACAUGCUAGCCAACAAUCUGUCAACCUGGGAGGAGGACGAUGUUCGGCAGCGGUCAGAUUGUCAUGCGUGGUCUAGUGUGCCCGUCUAUGAGUACUGCACGGAAUUGGCUGGCAUUCGGCCUAUCGCACCGGGGUCGACUAAGCUUCUCUUCAAACCGCGGCUUGGGCUCAGUGACACAAUACAGGCCAAGGUUGCGCUGGGUAAGGACAAUCUUGUGACCGUCUCGUGGACCAUUGGAAGUGAUGGCAAGAAGAACGUCGAGCUCCGACUUGAGAAGCCAGUCGAAGUGGUCAGUCAACUGCCAGGUGGCCUUGAAGAGGAGCACGGCCUCAUCGACUAUGUAAGACUCAUUCACGAAGCUCCGUAA